CAGGAAAUUCUCGUUUGACACCGUCACUUGACGUGUGGCCUCAUGGGAGGCUGGACAGGUAAAAAAAAAAGAAAAGAAAAAAAAAAAAAAGAAAUCAUUUCCUUAUCGUCCCAGUCUCUCUCCACGCUGGACAUUAAAUACAAACCUACACAGACUUCAGGACCCACAUGAAGCGAUUCACCAUUUUAAAAAUGGCACUGGCAGGAUCUGCGUCGACAGGACAGAAUGGACAAGAAGAGAGUUUCACGUUCAAAUCUGUCCGGAUAGCAGCCGUGGUUGCACUAUAUUGGUUUAUAUCAAUAACCAUGGUGUUCCUGAACAACUAUCUGCUGGAUAAUAAAGACCUGGAGGCACCGCUGUUUGUCACGUUCUACCAGUGUUUGGUGACAGUUGGUCUGUGCUGGGUCAUGCAGUUGCUGUCCACUCUGUGUCCGUGGCUAAUCGACUUCCCUGUGGUCAAGUUCGACCUGAAGACGUCCCGGGAGGUGUUGCCUCUGUCCGUGGUGUUCACGUGCAUGAUCACCUUCAACAACCUGUGUCUGAAGCACGUCGGAGUGGCCUUUUACACAGUCGGCCGGUCCCUCACUACAGUGUUCAAUGUGCUGUUCACCUACUUCGUCCUCAAACAAACCACAUCAUUCCGAUCCAUUCUGUGCUGCGGCGUCAUACUAGGUGGAUUCUGGCUGGGUGUGGACCAAGAAGGUUUAGCCGGGUCUCUCUCCUUGUCUGGCGUCUUUUAUGGCAUUGUUGCCAGCGCUUGUGUUUCUCUCAAUGCCAUCUAUACCAAGAAGGUGAUGCCAGCGGUGGAGGGAAACAUCUGGAAACUGUCUUUCUACAACAACAUCAACGCCUGUGUCCUCUUUUUCCCACUUAUUCUACUGUUUGGAGAGUUUAGUCGUCUCGCCAGCUUUAGCCACCUCACAGACUUGGGCUUUUGGGGUAUGAUGACAAUCGGGGGAGUGUUCGGUUUCGCCAUCGGCUAUGUCACUGGUCUUCAGAUCAAGUUCACCAGUCCACUCUCACACAAUGUCUCGGGGACAGCAAAGGCCUGUGCACAGACUGUUAUUGCUGUGGCGUACUACACUUCCAGUAAAAGUCUGCUGUGGUGGACCAGUAACAUGAUGGUUCUUGGCGGCUCGUCAGCUUACACUUGGGUCAGAAGUCUUGAGAUGAAGGAUGCUCCUCGUAAAGAGCCCCAGGACUCGGCCAAAGAAAAACUGCUUCAAGAGGAGAAAGAAAACGUGUCUGUUUAACCGAGGAAUCACACACAAUGUUUGUUUUUUUUUCUUGGUUAAGGAAUGUGAAAUCAUGCGAAGUUUAAAAAUCAAAUGUGAUCAUGUUAUGGUUUACUAGUGUGUGGGUUUUUUUCCAUGUAAACAUUAAAUUAUGGUGUGAAGGGACAUGUUCAUAAUAAAUUAAAUCUUCAGAUUUAUUAAAGGCUUCAUUUAAACUUUUUUAAAACUGGGAACUUGUGAGUCACAGUUUGUGCAUUUUUUUAUAAGGAAGGAAAGCUUAGCAUAAUAGACUUUAUGUACUGAUCAUAUUUGUCAGACAUAUUUUUUGACUGAUUGUAAAACAUUCAGCAUAUGUUUAUAAAAACAUCACUGUCAAAGUCUUGGCGUCUUGACUGG